AGGGCAGUGCGUUUGCUUAGAGACGCAUGGUCUCUCUCUGGCCUUAUAGUUAUGCCGAAUCACCCCUUGCUAAGUAUCAGGGUUUUCAGGUUUUCAGGUCGGGCGAGAAUGAACAUGUCCAGAGUAGGGACCGUAGAAAUGGUCUGAUACGCUCUACGGAUUACAUAGUACUCCUCCUUCCCUUUCUGUCCCACCCCGCUAUGCCCACCUUGCUACAUAGUUACGCAGUUCUAGUGUAUGCGCAAAAGCCCCACUAUUGCACGUAUCGAUAACCCGUAUCGCUUAUCGCCCGCCAUCUUGUCGCCCAAAAAUUUCUGGAGCUUUGCAGAGAGGCCUGGUUGCAGCGACCAUUCGAGGCACACCAGAAAGGGGCCUUCAACAAUGGAAGCGCAAACGCACAAGCCGCAUCGGGCUUCCAAGAAGUCCAAGGAGAAGAAGGCAAAACACCAAGCGGGUCAAAACCCCAAGGCGUUUGCCGUCUCCAACCCCGGCAAGCUCGCGAGACAAGCCGCUCGCUCCCACGAUAUUAAAGAGAAGCGGCUUCACGUCCCCCUCGUCGACCGCCUUCCCGAUGAACCGCCCCCGCGACUCGUCGCCAUCGUCGGCCCUCCGGGCGUAGGCAAGACGACCUUACUUAAAUCUCUGAUCCGCCGAUAUGCGAAAGAAACCAUCUCGGAACCCGUGGGGCCUAUCACGGUCGUCACCUCCAAGAAGCAACGGUUGACCUUCAUCGAGUGUCCGAAUGAGCUAGAGGCGAUGGUUGACAUUGCCAAGGUUGCCGACAUUGUGUUGUUGAUGAUUGAUGGAAAUUACGGCUUCGAGAUGGAGACGAUGGAAUUCCUCAACAUUCUUGCCGCCACUGGCAUGCCGGGCAACGUCCUCGGUAUCCUCACUCACCUCGACCUCUUCAGGAAACCGCAGGCGCUCAAAGACGCCAAGAAGAGGUUAAAACAUAGGUUGUGGACCGAGCUCUAUCAGGGCGCCCAUCUCUUUUAUCUCUCUGGCGUCUUGAACGGUCGCUACCCGGACCGCGAGAUUCACAACCUGUCCCGCUUCCUCUCAGUCAUGAAGAACCCGCGCCCGCUCGUGUGGAGAAAUUCACACCCCUACACCGUCAUCGACAAUUACCGAGACAUCACCCACCCGACCAAGAUCGAGGAGGACGAGAAUUGUGACCGGACCAUUGAAUUGUCAGGCUACUUGCGCGGCACCAAUUUCGCCGCCAAUGGCCAGAGGGUGCACAUUGCUGGCCUGGGGGAUUUCACAAUAUCCAGCAUGGAGGUACUACCUGACCCGUGUCCGACGCCCGCCAUGGAGCAGGCUCUGGCGAAAGCUACCGGCAAAACGGGCAGGAGGCGCCUGGAUGAAAAAGACAAGAAGUUAUGGGCGCCUAUGGCUGACCGGAGUGGCAUGAAAAUCACCGGUGACCACAUUGUCAUCACCCGGGAAAAGGGGUUCACCUUUGACAAGGAUGCCGAGGGCGUCGAGCGGGGUGAGGGCGAGCAGCUCAUCGUCGAUCUUCAAGCUGAGCGGAAGCUUCUUGGCCAGACCGACAAGGGAGUCAAGCUUUUUGCGACUGGGGAGCAGAUUACUGAAGUGCCUGAAGAGGCUGACUCUGGGAGGAAGACCCAACGAAAGGCUCGCUUCGUCGAGCGGGACGACUCUGAUGACGAAGGGGAUGUGCCAGAAGACGAAGGAUUUGUCAGCGGAGACGAGGAGGAAGAGGAAAAGGAGGAGGAAGGGUCCGACGCCGAAGCCGAGUUCGACGAGAACAAGCUCGGGAAGCUCUUUCGAAAACAGGCAGAUAAGGAGGAAGGGGGUGAUAUCGCCUUUGCUGACAGCGACUCAGACCUCGGUUCCUUGUCAGGAGAGGAGGAUCUGGAGGACCUAGACCACGACCUUGACGAGGACCAGGAGGACGAAGAGUUUGACUCGGAUGAGGAAGGUGCAGCGGUCAAGUGGAAAGACAACAUGGUGGAGCGGGCGAAGAUGCUCCAUGGGAAGAGGCGGCCGUACCGAGCAGUGGACCUCGCCAGGUUCAUGUACGAUACGACGUUGACGCCCAAGGAGGCCAUCAAGAAGUGGAGAGGCGAGGAGGACGAGGAGGCGGAGGAGGACAUUGAACAGGAUGAGGAUGACUUCUUUCGCAAGACCGGAAACGACGAAAAGGAGGAGCAGGCAGAAGACCGGACGAUACCCCACUUCGAUUACGAAGACCUAGCCGCCAAGUGGUCGAGCCAAGACGCCGUUGAAGCUCUGAGGACUAGGUUCACCACCGCUAAUCUGCUUGAUGAAGAGGGCGGAGACGGCGGUUCUGGUGACGAUGAAGAGGAAGGCUUCGGGGACGACAAUGACGAGGGUGACGGCGCUUUUGAAGAUCUAGAAACCGGGGAGACACACGGUCCUGAGAAAGAGGAAGAGAAGAAGGACGAGGAGCCCGAAAUGAGCCUUGAGGCAGAGCGAGAGAAAAAUGCGCGCCGAAAAGAGGAGCUUAAGCUUCGGUUCGAAGAAGAGGAUCGCGAGGGCUUCAAGAACGACAGGGCGAUAGCGAGAAGGGAAGCCGGAGACCAGGAGUUUGGCGAGGACGAGUGGUACGAAGCGCAGAAGGCCAUGCUGCAAAAGCAACAAGACAUCAACAAGGCUGAGUUUGAGGAGCUUGACGAGACUCAACGGACCGCGGUCGAAGGCUACCGGGCUGGCAAGUACGCCAAGAUGGUUAUCGGCGGCGUCCCUGCCGAGUUCGUCAAGCACUUCCAGGCGCGGAUGCCUAUUAUUGUGGGCGGCCUGUCGCCUACAGAGGAUCGGUUUGGGUUUGUCCAGGUGAGAAUCAAGAGGCAUCGGUGGCACAAGAAGAUUCUCAAGACGGGCGACCCCUUGAUCUUCUCGCUUGGCUGGCGGAGGUUCCAAACCCUCCCCAUCUACUCCAUUUCGGAUUCCCGAACACGGAAUAGGAUGCUCAAGUACACCCCGGAGCACAUGCACUGUUUCGGCACCUUUUAUGGGCCCCUGAUCGCCCCCAACACGGGGUUUGCCUGCUUUCAGUCCUUCUCAUCGUCUAACCCGGGCUUCCGGAUUGCGGCAACGGGCACGGUAUUGAGUGUUGACGAGUCAACAGAGAUCGUUAAGAAACUCAAGCUUACCGGUACACCGUACAAGAUUUUCAAGAACACGGCUUUCAUCAAGGACAUGUUCAAUUCUGCCCUUGAGAUUGCCAAGUUCGAAGGCGCCGCCAUCAAAACCGUGUCCGGCAUUCGCGGUCAGAUCAAGCGCGCCCUGGCCAAGCCCGACGGCCACUUCCGCGCCACCUUCGAAGACAAGAUCCUGCUGAGCGACAUCGUCUUCCUCCGGGCCUGGUACCCCAUCAAGCCGCACCGCUUCUACAACCCGGCCACCAACCUCAUCGGCUGGCAGAGCAUGCGUUUGACGGGCCAGAUCCGCCGCGACGAGAACAUCGAGACCCCGGUCCAGAAGAACAGCCAGUAUCGCAAGAUCGAGCGGCCGGAGCGCCACUUCAACCCGCUGCGCGUGCCCAAGGCGCUCGCCGCCAGCCUUCCCUUCAAGUCGCAGAUUGUGCAGACCAAGGCGCAGAAGAAGGAGACGUACAUGCAGAAGCGCGCCGUGGUCGUGCGCGGCGAAGAGCGCAAGGCUCGCGACCUCAUGCAGAAGCUCACGACCAUCCGCAAGGAGCAGGUCGCCAAGCGCAGGGCGAAGAAGGAGGAGAAGCGGGAGGAGUAUCGGAAGAAGAUUGCGGAAAUCGAGGAGCGGCUGGAGAGGAAGGAGAAGCGGGAGAAGCAGGCCUAUUGGGAGAGGGAGGGCCGGAAGAGGAAGUCUGGGGAUGUUGGGGGCGGCGGGGGCAAGAGGAGGAAGUGAAGCGGGCAGAUAGAUGUGGCUGGGUUGGUGAGGAUAGCGGCUGCUCUUUUUUUCUGGCGUAACCAUUGUAAAGAAAAUUUGUGAAGGUACCUUUGGCCUUGUCCACCGCCCUUCGUCUGUGUAGGUACUACCCAGUGGUCGAUAUUGUGAAGGUUCUCAAAUGAAACAAGAGGCAUGCAGUAUAACUAAUUCAUACACGACGAGGUGCUGAUUCCACGGACUACCUCAAGUCACAAGUCCUUUGUAACAACUUGCACCUGAGGUCAAGAAGAAGCCGGGCUCGUGUCCUUUCUCUUUUAUUCGUCGCAUUCAAUCAGAAAGACGCAGAUUCGAU